GGCGGCCGCAACUCCGCAUCGAAGGUCCGCAUCAUAUCAUCGGCCUCAGCCUCGUCUCAUUCAUUCAUUCCAUCAUCGUACAAUCUCGUCCACCACACUCAAACCUCACAUUGCACAACACUACUAAAACUGUGACUUCGAAAUCAAAGAAAAAAAAAUCCCGCAGCCAUUUCAAAUCGAAUUUCCAUCCACCAAACGAAACACAACCGACUCUCCCACCACACCACGAAACAAUGACCUCUUCCAACCCCGACACCUCUCCCCUCCCCUCCCGCACUCCCACCCCCACAACUCCCUCUACCUCCCUCCCUACACGCCCACGUACGCACUCCUCCGCAAUCCCCGACCUGCCUCCCUCCUCGCCCACUCUCCCCCUAACCAUGACCUCCUCCCUCUUGCUCACCAAUCUCCCGCGCGACUCCAGCACCGCGCUCGACUCAGCCUUUGUAUUUCCCACUCCGAAAAUUACAGUGCGGUUCCAGCCGAUUGGGUCGGCGCCCGCGUUGCAGAGACCCGUGUCGAAGAUUAGUUCGACUCAGAGGUUUGAGACGGUGGUGGCGUAUUUGAGGAGGGUGUUGAAGUUGGAUCGGAAUGCUGGGGGUGGGGGGGAGAGGGAAAGUGUGUUUUUGUAUGUGAAUAGUUGUUUUGCGCCGGCGUUGGAUGAGGUGGUGGGGAAUUUGCAUAGGUGCUUUAAGGAUUCAAAGGACCAGCUUAUCGUUACCUACUCGAUGACACCGGCAUUUGGAUGAUCGAACAAACCAUGCGAUACAUGUAGCCAGUCAUUCAGACGAAACAGUCAACAUGAGGUAUUGAAUCGCUUUAUAAACUAUAUUUGGGUUGGUAAACAAAAAAAUUAUAUUGCUACUGGGCA